AUGACCAAAGCAAAAGAGGGUAUUCAUCACACACACAACGACUACUACUCCGAAAACUCGCCUAUCCCUUCCGUUCAGCGUUUCUUCAAGAAGGGUCUCUCGGAAGUCAUUGCCAAGCGCCAAGAUCCCGACUCGGACUCUGACGAUGGACCAGAGGAUGCAGAUCAUAUAGCAGGUUUUGGCAACCAACCGCCUGAGCUCUCUCAGUCCACCGUAACCCCCGCUGAUGACGCCACUGAAGAUCAGUCAAGAUCGAGCAAGAAGCGCUUUUCGGGCCUCUUUUCGACAUCGAGCUCAAGUAGGCAUGGUCAACCCUCGGAAGACCAGACGGAAGAGACCAACCAACAGGGCAAUUCGGAUGACGAUAGCGCAGAAGCACCGCAUCAAGUCCCAGAAAAGGCAGACAAGGCCUACAAGCGCAGUCGCAAACCGAGAAAAGUGAGAGAUCCUGUCACUGGUCGAAGCGCGUGGGUCCACGACGUGGGCAAGCGCGAGUAUCGACAUACUUUGGCCCGAGCCGAGGCAGGUGACAAGUAUGGAACAGAGCAGGUGCUUCGUUUCAACCUGGACAACAACGUCACCUCAAAGUCUUUCCCACCUCCGACUCCGCUGCCCUCUUCCGUCUAUCGAAUCGACUCCCGCCUUGCUCCACUCUUUGGUAUCUGGUCCAUCCUCACACUGUUUAGGUUGGUACCGGGUUGGCUCAGUGUAGCGCUCAAUGCUUGGAUGCUCUGGUGGGGUUGGAGAACCUUUCUCUCACACACUGAAGACUACCGAUGGCACCGCGAACGACAGCGAGGCGAGAAGCUUCGUUCAUUCGACCAAGUUGAAGAAGACGAGAACCAUCAUGCAACAACGCAAGGCAUUGCCGAAGGCGCCGAGUGGCUCAAUGGCAUUUUGGAGGCCCUCUGGUCAGUAAUGAAUCCGGAACUUUUUUCGUCGCUCGGAGGCACUCUCGAAGAUGUCAUGCAAGCCUCGAUACCUUCUUUUAUUCACUCGGUCAAAGUGGAAGAUCUUGCCCAAGGCUCGACUCCGAUCCGCAUCACGGGCCUUCGCAUACUUCCUGAUGAAAAAGUCGGCAGUUUGGCAAGAGACAUGCGCCAAGAGACCAGUGAGCGGAAUUCAGCUCAAUACGAAACAGAUCGGCCGUCCGAGCAUGGCAAGCCGUGGCCAGAGGACGUCGACCAACGACCGCAGAAAGACAACCAUAUCGAAGCUGAUAACGAUGAUGAAGGGGGUGAAUACUACGUCAACCUCGAACUCGGCUUUGUCUACCGAGCGCGUCCAACAGCACAAGGUGUCGGUGGCAAGAGUCGCAAUGCCCAUCUGCUCAUCAAAUUCUGGAUCGGCGCUCGCAAGCUCCUCAUGCUCCCUUUGCCGGUCUGGGUUGAGAUCAAAGGCUUUGUGGGUAAGGUGCGUGCGCGCGUUCAGCUCACCUCGGAUCCUCCCUUUGUCAAAAACGUCACAUUCACCUUUUGCGGCUUGCCCCGAGUCGGCAUCGAGGUGGUACCUUUGCACAUCAACACGGCCAACAUCCCGUUCAUAUCCAGCUUUAUCGAGAGCUCGAUCGAUGCUGCCGUGGGCGAGUUCGUCAUGCCGUCGUCCCUCACUAUGGAUGUGGGCGAGAUGCUGAUGGGCGACAACAUCAAACGCGAGGUCUCGGCUGUUGGUGUGGUGGUCGUGUUUAUCCACUCGGCCACCGAUCUGGAAAAGCAAGACCUUCGAGGCUCCUCGGAUCCUUAUUGCACUUUGAGCCUGGCUAAGGUGGGUAAGAUUCUGUAUAGCACCAGGGUGGUUCUCAACGAGUUGUCGCCACGUUGGGAGGAGCGUCACGUCAUGCUUAUCACAAGGGAGAAUCUCGAAUCGGACGACAAAGUCUCGAUUGCGCUUUGGGACUCGGACCGCUUUUCGCAAGAUGAUAUGCUUGGGCGUGCCGAGGUCAGCUUGGUUGCCUUGGCAAAACACCCAAACAAAAUCUUUAGGCGUUCGGAUACGCUUCAGGGCCUGGAUAGGGAAAGGACCAAGCAGGGUGUCGUGCAUUGGAGCUUGGGCUUCUUAACUAAAACCCCAUCAAUGCGUGACGUGCACAAGCCUCUGGAGGGCCAGGUUGGCCAGGAGGAUCACGCGAGCAAACAAGACAAUGAUACCGAUGAAAUUAUGCGCGAUGGGCACGAAAUGGAUGACGAGUCAGUCGAGUCUCACAGUCCUCUAUCGCAGGAGAAUAUCGAUCGCGAGAAAAACACACAGACCCGAAACCAGGCGACGAACGUCGACUUUGAGCCUCCGGACCCUAGUCUUCCUUCGGGCAUCCUGUCAGUGCAGAUCCACCACAUUGCCAACCUCGAGGUCGCCGAUGGGCACGGAUCGAUGCGGUCUCGCAGAAAGGAUGAACCGGGUCAAGAUGUCGAAAACGUCGAGAUGGAAGACGAUCCGGAUCGUGCGCCCUCGGCGUACUGCCGCAUCAUCCUGAACGACGAAAUUGUGUUCCAGACACGAACGAAAGCGUUGAAUGCGAAUCCAUUCUACAAUGCCGGUACCGAGCGGUUCAUCCGUGACUGGCGACGAACGCUGCUCAUGGUGGUCGUAUACGAUUUUCGGGUGCGAGAGGCCGACGCUAUCCUGGGUGUCGUUCCGAUCAAGCUCUCAGAUCUGUUCAAUGAGAGGUCGCAGGUUACACGCUUCUUCCCGCUUGCUGGCGGUGUCGGUCAUGGUCGGAUCAGGCUGUCAUUACUCUUUCGCCCGAUCGAGCGGACGAGUCGAUCUAAGAACAGGCUCGGCUGGAAUAUCGGCACAGUCCGAAUGCUGUCGUCGCCCGUGGCGAUGGACUUUGACGAGUCCAAAGGAGCCAGUGGUCGCGAUGUGCAUUUGGUGGCACUUCGAGCCGCGACUCUGGCAGGAAGUGCCAAGAUUGCGGCCAGCCGGGCGCGGUAUGUGGACAGAGAGUCGAAAGCUGCAGUCGAAUGGAAACUGAACGAAGCCGAGUUGCCAUUCAAGGUGCCUGCGCGAAGGCGGUACAGUGCGCCCUUUGUGAUAGAGUUCCGAGCCCUCUCGGCACUGGGCAAACGCAAGACGACGCACAUGUGCAUCAUAUGGCAGCAGGAUCUGUGCGACGACGAGGUGGUUGACAUGCAGCUCCCCAUCUGGCGUCCCAAGCCAGGCUGUGACUUUCACCGUUUGCGUCAGAACUACCACGACUAUCGCAACGAGGACGAGGCGGACAAGUUGGGCGUCGAACGCAUCGGGUAUCUGCACGUCAAAAUGCAGUUCAAGUCCGGGCUGGGUAAGGUGCACACCAAGUUUGACAACAACCCAGGGGCGAAAGCGGUGAUGGACGCUUGGCGAUGCUGUGUUGCGCUCGGAAUAAGGAGUGUCAGCGGAGACUUUGCCAAUUCCAGGAUCAACACAGCUGGAUAUUUGGAGGACAAUGAUGAUGAUGACCAGGUGGAGCUGGGCGAGACUGAUGAAGAUGACACGGACCAAGAGUCUGAGCCCAGGGCGGGAAAGCGUGUUGAGAAUGCAGAAGACAUGGAAGACGCCGACGAUGCAGGCGAGAACGACGAAGCGGGACUGCAGCGUAGCCGAUCCCUGAAGCAGAAAUUCGCCGACUGGAAGGCGGAGAAGGACGAACUGCAUCGGCAGCACAAGGGCAUCCAGCAGUUCAAACCGGUCAGAACAAUGGCGUGGCUCGGACAGUCCGCUAAGAGCACCGGCUCAGGUCUCAUGGACAGGCUCGACUUGCAGGACAGAAGAAGCCAGCAUGUUGAGACCGAGCUCUGA